CACUCCACUUCAUCUCGCUGCCAUGCACGGACGCGACGCUGUCAUAAAAAUGCUUGUCUCUGAGUAUGAAGCGGAUAUAAACUGUCGUGACUUCAGUGGCAAGAAACCGAAACAAGUGGCCAGAGUCGAAAACCUGACGAUUGAAGCACAAGCGCUCCUAGAGGAUCAAUUCCGAAAUUAUUCAGAUACAUCAUCUGAGUCAUCAGGCUACGGCUCGCUCAGUAAAUACGGCUCCCUAAACUCCAAUCCGGGAGUGGUGAUGUCCAGUCACCACAGCAACAGCGAGAAGGGCAGUGGUAAAAACGAAGUGUCCGAUGAUAAAUCCAGGUCAAGAUCGUCGUCCAUAGGUAAAUUUUUGAUGAAAAAGAGACAGAAGCAGAAAGAACGCGCACCAGUGCCGCACUUUCCUCCAAGUAGCACCAGUGCCGGAUUAUUGAUAAGCACCCCAUUAUCAGUUGAAUCUGGGUCGUUUGAAGGGAGCCCUGGACUCAUAUCUCAGCGAACCUACUCAGACUCUAACCUCCUCAAGUCGACUGGUGUUUAGCAUCCACAUAAACGAUCACAGCAAAGAAGACUUGUUCCACGAACUGCACUUAUUUUCCUGUAAGAAGCCAUGCCCUGUUGGAGUCACACUUGUUACCUCAACGCUCUUACUCUAGAAAUUAGUCAUAAAACCUUCCUGCAGGAAAGGAUUGAGAUUCGAGAAAAUUAGGAAAGAUAGGAUGCUAUUUUGUUAGAAGUCCAAACUCUCCUACCAAAGUAGAAGAAAGUGUAUAGUAGCUAGAAGAGAAUGCUCGACUAAAGAUCAGCCAUCUCACCGUUACUUACUGUGUGGGACUGAAAAUAUACGAGAAUACAAUGCUAAGAGCUAAAUUGGCCAACUUAGUUUUUAUUUACGUCGUGUGCACGGUUGUCUUUUGUGCUGUCUUUGUAAAAAGAGACGAUGUUUUCAUUAUUUUAUAAUGUUUAUAUUUAUGUUGGCCCAGGUUUUCAAAGUACAGCCAUCUCUGUACGGCACGUUUACAUAAGGAACCUUUCCCACAGCCGGCAGAACUUACAUUCAUCUGCCUAAAUUUUUAAGUAAAACGUUCCAAUUUGGCUACAUUACUUUAUAACCCAGUGUGCUAAAUUAAGGUGAUUCCUCAGUUUUGCACCGCGCAUCCUGUAUUGCACAUAAAAAUCACGUCAUUAGGGGAAUGAGCGCGCGCGCAUUCCGAGAAUACGGUAUUGUUUUUCAAUCCAUGGACCGAUAAAAAGGUACGAUGGUCUUUCGUUCUUAAAAGAGCACAGUGACAUAUAUAUAUUCUUUUGCAUAAUUUUGGCGUACAAUUUAUCCCCCUUAAAUUGAGAAAAUUAUGAUCUUGAAAGGAAUGACCUGAGGAACAUUAAGUCGGUGUUAUUUGAAUUUGCGUGAUUUUCCCAAAUGAUAUAUCAAAUUAUUCCAUACGCUCGAGACUUUCUACCUAUCAAGUUUUUCAAGUGUUUCUUUAAAUACCCUUGCUUCUAGCUGCAGUAAAAUGUACUGUGAACCGAUGAAAUGACGCGCGUGAUUAGUGCUAGUACAGGCAUAAAUGGGGUAAGUUUGGCCCAAUAUGUCUCGUAAACAAGCAGGGUGACGUAUCUUUUUUAUUGUAUUUUUCGAACAGACAAUGGUAGGGAACAUUUUAGGAUAAUUAAAAAAUUGUUCGAUAACUUUUUUUUCUGAGGAAUCACCUUAAGUCUGAGUGGAGACUUUGUGCAGAUAAAAAGACGUUAUUUACAUUUUUAACCUCGCCGCCCCCCUCACUCCCCUUCUUUUACUGAUCCUCCCCUCCCUUGUUUUUCUUCUGUUAAUCUCCACGUUUUACUAAAUUCAACUGAAUCCUAUUGAAUUCUUGUUUUGAUUAAAAUUUGUAGAUAAGAUGUUGCUACAUGCAUUAAAAAGGUUUUUU